AUGUCACGACGUCUGUUGACCUCUUUUCGGGGCGCUAUUCGACACCAAUCGACUCUGGUGGACGGCAAGAAGCAUGCUGUUGACGAAUGGACCAACAUCACACCGACCAUCUCGUCUCUGAUUGGUCGAAACCUGCACCUUCAGGACUCCCAUCCUGUUGGAAUCAUCCGAUCUAUCAUUGAGAAGCGAUUCGAGGGUAUGGGCUACACUGCCUACAACAACUUUCAUCCAGUCGUCAGCAAACACGAGAACUUUGACCAGCUCGGAUUCCCCGAGGACCAUCCGGGACGAGCCAAGACUGACACCUACUAUAUCAACCACGACACCCUUCUUCGAACUCACACUAGUGCCCAUGAGGUCCACUGUUUCCAGCACACCAAGACGCCCGGUUUCUUCGUCACUGCCGACGUUUACCGUCGAGACACCAUUGACCGAACUCAUUACCCUGCGUUCCAUCAGAUGGAGGGAGCUCGAACCUGGAAGCGAGAAGACUACCCCUCCGAGGAGGCUCUGAUUGAGAAGCUCCGAGCUGACGUGGCCGCAAUCCCCGCUACCAACCUCAUUGUCGAGGACGUCGACCAGGUUUCGCACCCCGAGAACCCCAAGUCCCCCUACAUGUCUGAUACCGAAACCGAGCUUGUCGCUGCCCAUCUCAAGAAGUCCAUUGAGCUGCUUGUUGGAGAUAUUUUCGAGCGUGCCAAGGUAGCUGCUAAGGUUGCUGGGUCUACUGAUCCCGAUCUCGAGAAGCCCCUCAAGGUUCGAUGGGUCGAGACUACUUUCCCCUGGACCACUCCUUCAUGGGAGAUUGAGGUGUGGUGGAAGGGUGACUGGCUCGAGUGCUGCGGAUGUGGUCUUGUUCGUGAUCACGUGUACUCGGCCUCAGGUCUUGACAAGCACACCCAUUUCGGCUGGGCCUUUGGUCUUGGUCUGGAGCGCCUGGCCAUGAUUCUGUUCGGUAUCCCCGAUAUUCGACUCUUCUGGUCUCUUGACCAGCGAUUCCUGUCGCAGUUCAAGCCUAACGAGAUCACCGCUUUCAAAUCCUGGUCCAAGUACCCCGGCACCGACCGAGAUGUGGCCUUCUGGCUGCCCGAGGGCGCUGCUCUGGACUCCAUCCACGAGAACGACAUCAUGGAGCUAAUCCGAGCCACCGCCGGCGAUCUGGUCGAGAACGUGGCUCUCACCGAUACCUUCACCAACCCCAAGACCGGUCUGACCUCGCAGUGCUACCGAAUCAAUUUCCAGUCCAUGGAGCGAAAUCUCGAGAACCAGGAAAUCAACCAGAUGCUCGACGCUUUCAAGGAGAUGCUUGUUGACCGAUACGGCGUUAAGCUGAGAUAG